AUGAAGGAGAUUUUCAUUUCCCUGAUUCUACUGUUUGUGGGUAUCGCUGCUUUGGUGUUGAUCCAUGUGUGCGUCGUGGGAAGGGCUCUGCGAAGAGGAAGUCAUCAGGGUGGGAAUGACGAACAGAGCGAUGGCGAUUUUGAUGGAAUUGGGACGAAGAGAAUGUCAAGUGAGGAGAUGAAGGAUCUGCCCUGUUUUGAGUACAAGGAAGCAGAGAAAGGAAAGGGAGUUAGUAGCAGCACUGUGAGUGUGGAUUGUGCAGUUUGCUUAGAGAGCUUCAAGGACGGUGAUAUUUGCAGGUUCUUGCCUAAUUGCUCCCACAGCUUCCAUGUCUCCUGCAUAGAUUCCUGGAUUCUCAAAACACCCAUUUGUCCCAUUUGCAGAACCUGGCUUCAUUCGCCCCUCGUUCCCAAGCUUGAUGUUUCACAGAAUGGGGAAAUUGAGAUUGUAUAG